ACACAGAUAGAGGGAGGUCUGAGGAGUGAAAGAGGCAGCCGCCGGGGAGCAAGUCCAUUUCCCGGAGAAACCAGCUCUGCCUCCUUUGCCCUGCGCUGUCUGCUGGGCGACUUUGAGAGGGGCUGGGGGACGAUCCCUCCCGGCUGGGGCGAUCCACACGGGAGGGGGGAGGACCCGGGCUCGGGGGCAGAGGGAGCCGCCACGGACCUUGCAGCAGCGCUGGCACUGGCUCGACUCUCCCAGGCAGUUUUUGAAGUCAGCAGAACAGGAAUCGACUUACUAUGAUGCUGGGGGGAAGCUCCGGGAGAAGGGACUCAUUACCGGCUUCAUUACCAUGAGAGAUGCUGCGAGUCACAGAACAGCCCAGCGUGUCUACCGGGUGGACCCUGAAGACCUCUGAUCACAUUUUUCUCCCGGAAUGCUCACAACUCAGCCACCUCUCCGUCCAAAGUUCCUUCUGCUUUUUUGACCUUGCUUGUGAGAGGGAAAAAACAAAGAAUGAAACCCAACAGAAGAUUCUACUAAAAUUUUGAAGGAAGGAAACAGAAAGAAGCCACUGCAGUUCUGUAACAACUGUUGUAAUAAUGGGAGAGAAAAAGCCAACCGAAGGAGCCCUGCCUGUAGAGCAGCCUCAGUGUGACAGAGCACGGAAACAUAAAGCUGAGUGGUGAGCAGAGCCUGUUAACUCCUUAGCUUUUCUACUCUUCAACUGCUACAAGUUCCGGCUCGGACAUGGAUGUUCUCUGUGAAGAAAACACUUCUUUGAGCUCACCUACGAACUCCUUCAUGCAAUUAAACGAUGACACAAGGCUCUACCAUAACGACUUUAACUCGGGAGAAGCUAACACUUCAGACGCAUUUAACUGGACCGUGGACUCAGAAAAUCGAACCAACCUUUCCUGUGAGGGCUGUCUCUCACCACCCUGCUUCUCCUUGCUUCAUCUCCAGGAAAAAAACUGGUCUGCCUUGUUGACAGCUGUAGUGAUUAUCCUGACCAUUGCUGGAAACAUACUCGUCAUCAUGGCAGUGUCCCUAGAGAAAAAGCUGCAGAAUGCCACCAACUAUUUCCUGAUGUCACUUGCCAUAGCGGAUAUGCUGCUGGGUUUCCUUGUCAUGCCUGUGUCCAUGUUAACCAUUCUCUAUGGGUACCGGUGGCCUCUGCCCAGCAAGCUCUGCGCCGUCUGGAUUUAUCUGGAUGUGCUCUUCUCCACGGCCUCCAUCAUGCACCUCUGUGCCAUCUCGCUGGACCGCUAUGUUGCCAUCCAGAACCCCAUCCAUCACAGCCGAUUCAACUCUAGAACUAAGGCAUUUCUGAAAAUAAUUGCUGUUUGGACUAUAUCAGUAGGUAUCUCCAUGCCAAUCCCUGUCUUUGGGCUCCAGGAUGAUUCCAAGGUCUUCAAGGAAGGGAGCUGCUUACUUGCGGAUGAUAACUUUGUCCUGAUUGGCUCUUUUGUGUCAUUUUUCAUUCCCUUAACCAUCAUGGUGAUCACCUACUUUCUAACCAUCAAGUCACUCCAGAAAGAAGCUACUUUGUGUGUGAGUGAUCUUGGGACACGGGCCAAAUUAGCUUCUUUCAGUUUCCUCCCUCAGAGCUCCCUGUCUUCCGAAAAGCUCUUCCAGCGGUCCAUCCACAGGGAGCCAGGCUCCUACGGCAGGAGGACUAUGCAGUCCAUCAGCAAUGAGCAGAAGGCGUGCAAGGUGCUGGGCAUAGUCUUCUUUCUGUUCGUGGUGAUGUGGUGCCCCUUCUUCAUCACCAACAUCAUGGCCGUCAUCUGCAAAGAGUCCUGCAACGAGGAUGUCAUCGGAGCCCUGCUCAACGUGUUCGUUUGGAUCGGUUACCUCUCCUCAGCCGUCAACCCGCUAGUGUACACACUGUUCAAUAAGACCUACAGGUCGGCCUUUUCCAGGUAUAUUCAGUGUCAGUACAAGGAAAAUAAAAAACCGCUGCAGUUAAUUCUAGUGAACACCAUACCGGCCUUGGCCUACAAGUCUAGUCAACUCCAAACGGGACAAAAAGAGAAUUCAAAGCAAGAGGACAAGGCCACAGAAAACGACUGCACUAUGGUUGCUCUAGGAAAACAACAUUCAGAAGAUGCUCCUGCAGACAAUUGCAACACAGUGAACGAAAAGGUUAGCUGUGUAUGAUGGAGUGGUUGCCAUAGCAACCGUGGAGGGCCCACUGAGCGAGUUUUCCCCUAUCUGGGAGGGGGAGAAAAAAGAAGGAAAGAAAGAAAGGAAACAAAAUAGGGAGACUGGAAAAAACUAGGCUAGUCUAGUGGAAGCAACAAGAGAAUCUAUGUGCUUCAUUUUAUUCCGUCAAUGAAAAGCAGGGUUCAGUGCCGCAAAAUGUGCGCUCCAAAACUAUUCUGACAGCAUUUCAGCUGUGAGCUUUAUGAUAUUGUUUUUAACACUGUAAAUGUUAUGUCCUUAAAAUAAUUAGCUUUUAUUGUAUAAUUACAAUGAGGCCAUAAAUAAAUCUAGAUUAACUUCUGUUUUCAAGUGGAAACCUUGCUGCUGUGUUGUUAAUGGCCAGCAUGAGACGGUUGCCUAUUGCUGUAAAUAAAAAUCGCUCUAACUUGUGAAACACUGGUUGACUAUGAUGACCUCUCGAAUAAAGUCAAAUCUUCUCUGAAACUCACCACGAUGCAUAUCUUGAACGACAACAACAAAAAGACACUAAGGACAGUGUUAUGAGAUCUGCAUUGCUGAGAUGCUUAAAGGAAAUACUUGACAACGUUUUCAUUCCUGCUUUUUCAUGGAUGCCACUUUGAAAUAUUCACAAGGUUGCUGGCAUUGGCUGCAUUUCAAGUUCAUCCUCCUGAGAAGCGAAAAAGAGUUUAAAUGCUAUGUAAUAACUAUUGGCUGCUUUCUCUUCUACUACUUGUGCUUUAUUCUGAAUUUCCAACGUGGUCUUGUUUAGUGUUUGCUCUAGUAGGUAAACGAUCAAAAGGAUAACCAAACAUUUACCAAAUGCAUUCCUAGAAUUUGCUUCUCCUAAACAGCACCAGAGAAGUGUCUGGUAACUUGCUCUUUAACGACUGCAUUUUUGCAUGCGCUCCUCUGAGCUGUAAGCAGUAUUGAUGUAACUGGGACAGGAUUGAGGAAUAAACUCAGGUUUGCGGCUACUAACAGCAGUAGAGUCUUAGGACAUGUCUUAAAAAAUGCAGAUGACCCACCUGUUGGCACCCAUUAGGUAAAGUGAGGCUCCAAACCCAUCGAUAUUAUUUAUUAAAACUAUUCAGCUUUGGACUCACAAUGCUCUCCUGAAUGUAUACUGUGGAGAAAGAAAUGUCCAAGGUACUACAUACUAAAAAUAAUUGAAAGAAGAUCUUUGCCUUUAAAGAAAGUGACCUAAUUUGAAUGGACCUCACCAAAAAGAGUAAAUCACUGACUUAUUUUGAGAAUCAGUUCAAUUUAUUUCCUUCUCACCUGGUUCAGAAACAGGUGUGUUUCACCUCUGAGGGUAGUUUUCUCAGUAAGUUUCCGGACUGAUUGCCAACAAAUACCAACCAACCAAAGGUGGGAGGGUGACCCGAAGGUCAGUUUUGCAGUUAGUUUAGGAAUAUGCACUUAACCUGGACCCCAACUAUGACUACCAAGGUUUUGAGCAAAUUUUUUGUUUCACUUUCCUAAAAACAAACUUAGGUAUUACUCACUGAUGCUGGACUCCCCACACUGGAAAAAGCUGUGAGAGAAUAUUUUGCAGAAAUGGCUCAGCAAUUAACGAACCCGAUAGCAUCCAUGAGGUUGUGGGUUCAGUCCCUGGCCUCACUCAGUGGGUUAAGGAUCUGGUGUUGCCGUGAGCUGUGUUGUAGGUCGCAGACGUGGCUUGGAUCUGGCGUUGCUAUGGCUGGGGUGCAGGCCCUCGGCUACAGCUCCGUUUGGACCCUUAGCCUGGGAACCUCCAUAUGCCACGGGUGAGGCCCUAAAAAAGGGGGGAAAAAGAAUAUUUUGCUGAAAAUUUGUUAAAGAGAGACAGAAAUUAACAGCAGUUAAUUCACCUUGAUGUUAUAUUAUUCUAGGUUAAAUUGCACAUUCCUAUUCAAUAGAUAUUAGAGAUGUGAUUACAAUACUGAAGUGUUUCUAUUGAAGGAGAAAUGUUUUUUUCCUCUACACCCUUUUAAAAAAUUAUGUCCUUGAAAACUAAAUGUGGGAGAUACAUUGUAUAAUGUGGAAACGCAUUAGGGCUAUCCUAAUUAGGUUCUUUUAGGUACAUUGAAAGGUUUUUUCCAAAGCUAGAAUUUAUAGUAAGCCACUGGUAUCUAAGCUGCAUUUGAACUGAACUAUCUUAAUGAUUACUCUGUGCUAACAGAUAAAAAUGCAGAUGUUUAAAAGUCUCUGCUCUAAUGUAUCUUGCCUUAGUUUAUAACUCUGCACAUCUCAUUAUAUAUUAAAGACUACAGCGUCUACACUCCUAUACUCAAUCUUGAUCAGAAUGAACAUAAAUACUGCCUGAUGUCUUUUGACUACAUAUAUAUUACAAAUGUGUGUGUUUUUUCUCUCCGUCACUAUCUAUUCAAGUGUAUAUAGACAAACCUGUAUCUGUAUACUUGUACAGACAUGGUCCCAUGCACUUUAUUCAAUAUUUAUAUAUUUAUAUGGAGGAAAAGCAAGAGUCAUUGAUGAAAAUACGUAGUAUAUACACCUGUGUGCAUGUUUGUAUCAUGUCAGUUUAAAUGUGAAUUUCCUGUUCUAAUGUUUCUAUGAUCUUCCAUUGCUGUCAAAGCAGAUUAAAAUGUAACAGAGGUGUCAGCUCUUUAAAUAAACUGGAAGUUGACCUAAUUUUGUGGGACGACUUUAACACAGGGGUGGGGGGAACCAUGCUCCUUAUAUGUGGUUGAUUGAUGCUAAAUAAAAUGGUACCUUUGGGCUUCUUAAUUAGUCUGGGGACUUUCUGACUACUAAAGCUUUUUAAACACACCCCUCACCCCAGCGAAAUACAGUCCUUGACUAAUUUAUGGAUCUGAGAUUAAAGGACUCACUCCUAGUUUAUAUUAUUAAAAUAGAGUGACCAACUUUAUUCUAUGUUAAGUUGAACGGUAGAUUCUUCUACAUUUAAAGAAAAGAAUUAAGUGCCAUCUUUAGGGAACACGCUCAGUUUAAAGCACUUAAUCUACUUUAGCACAGCACCAUCUCAUGGUCAUUUUUGAAACUGCUACCAUAGCCAAAUGGAACUAAGUUACUGUACUGCUUUUGGCAAAGGGUGCUUCUUCCAUUUGUGCAUCAAUGAAACAUAUUUAUAUAAAGUGUUAAGUUAUUCUGUGCCAUAUGUAACAAAUACAGGGAAGAUUAUUUUAUGUCAUGAUUUUAAUCAAGGCUAUUCUAAAGGAUUUCAAGAAAGAAUAAAUAAUUGUAAAUAAAAUAUACUCAAAAAUAAA